GCUUGACCAGUCUACUCAUCAUUGGUAUCGUCAUUCACCUCUUCCACAAUGCCCCUCCUCUGCAAUCUGAUCGUCUUCGCCCUGGGGCCUUUCAUUGCGCUAGCCAGCGCCGUCCGAGGCUGUCCCUCCAAUGGCACCUUUCGCCUCUGGGCCACCGCCGUGGACAUGUACCUCACCCUCGGCGGCACCUGCCAAAUCCCUUACACCUUCUGUAACUCGUACUUCGACGCCGCGAACACCACCGAGUACGAGUACACGCUCACGAACAACACCAUCCUCACGGUCGCCAAAGCGCCCGGAGAACGGCAAUAUCAGGUCGGCCAUUUCGCCUACUCGGUUACACAUAAGACGCUCCCCAUGGGCACUGUGCUGCAGUUCGGCAAGAUCCAUAAUCCAAACACCAAAUGCGCUCUGAGCGGGUCGCCUGCGGACGGGGGGUGUCGGUUGAUGUGUGAGCAGACGACACCGGGGACGACGAGUGGGGUAUCGGUUGUUGAUCAGCAUAAUGAUAAUCAGUGGUAUAUCCAGCCGGUGCGUGGCUUUUAUCGGACGGCUGUCUUGGUGGAGUAUAUUUGAAGAUGUCUGUGCUGUUUGCUUCGCUUCACUUGGAUGACUAUUUGAGCAGUGUAGUCCUGAUGAGAUCUGUACUAUGUGAGUACCUUAGGUAGCGUGUAACCAAGAGGUCGAAGCCUCGUGGUCGAUAAAUUCCAGCGCGACUUCACUUUUAUGUCAUCCAAAU